AUGAAAUUACAAUCGAAGGACUUCAUUCGACUGAUAUUUCUCGCUAUCAAAUUCCAUCUCACUCUUGCUUUACCAUCUUCUCCUCAGCCGUACUCUUGGACAGGCUCUUCUGGUGACGAUGAAUUAUCGGAGAUUUCCCCUCUACGAGGCCACCCAAGCCUACUAGGUGUGAUCGCGAACGAAGUCAAUUCCGAAAGCAGUGCCAGUGUACCCUCCGACAAGUACGGGCUUGCUCCAGGACAAGAUGCUAGUGCCGAACUUGGCAUUCCUUUCACGUUCGAAGACACAGCCAACCCCCAACCUAUUCGAGGCGACCUCGGCUCUACCGAUCCUGGUCCCAGAACCUAUAACUACGAUCGCCUUAACCCAGACACACUCGCUCCUCCAGGCUCGGAUAAUGGAGUACAUAACCUCUCUCUGGCGACUGCCAUGGCCGGGGUGGAUAUGAAAUUGGCCGCAUGGGUUUAUGGAGAGCUGCAUUGGCACAAAGCUAAUGAAUGGGGCUUGAUACUCAACGGGAGUGUUCGUCUCCAGACAAUGAACGAGGACGGCCAGACCUUUGUCGAUGACCUCACAGAGGGAGAUGUGGGAGACUUUGAUGACGGCGGCACUAGUCUGGCCUCGGAAAUGUUCCACCGUAAUUCGAAGGACGUUUUGUCUAAGAACCUGCAGGCACCACUGUCUGACUUCGAUGAUCCUCCGAAAGACCAACUUUAUAUUUUCAAUGGCACGCCGGCGCCAAAGGACCUCAAGGAGCAGAAUGUGACGGGGCCCGGAGGGUUGCAGCUGGCGCAGAAAGCUACACCUACCAUUUAUCGAAGCAAAAAGCAUACGAGACCCCAUGCUGCUCUGGUGACCAUCAAACCAGGGGCCAUGAGGGAAAUACAUUGGCACGGCAUAAGCGACGAGUGGGGGUUCUUCAUUUCGGGGAAUGCCCGUGUCAGCGUAUACAUUGCACCUACUUCAGGCGCGACAUUUGAUUUCUCCGCGGGCGAUGUUUCAUACGUUCCUGCGAAGGCCUCGCACUAUAUUGAGAACAUCGGGAACGAAGAUAUUGUUUUUCUUGAGGCCCUCUAA